UCAAUUGUCCCCCAAGUCCCUCAAUUUCAUGCACUCCCCAAUUCUACUCAGAUAGAACAGUUAUUUCAUCCUCUAUACAUUUUCGAAGCAACACACCACAAGACGAGUGCAAUCACCCGGACAACAGAAGGGAAAAAAAACCACGAUGCCAUCCGCGGACAAUCCCCCUUCUCCCGCCGGAGUAACAGCAACAAGCCCGACCACAUCACGAUCGCUCCAACCCCCGAUCACCGCUCUCCUCAUCUAUCCUCUCACCCUCAUCGUGGGGUCUCUUUUCUCCGUCCUCUCGCCAACCGCCUACGGCAGCCGUGAUCCGAGCGCCAGCAGCAGCCCACUCCAGAACCACCCAUCCCCCUUCGCCCCAACCAUCGCCUCGGACCUGCACCUCUCCUUUCCCGCCGCCGUCAAGCCCGUCAACUAUUUCGCACGCAAGGACAACGUCUUCAACCUCUACUUCGUGAAGAUCGGCUGGCUCUGGACAACUCUCGCCUUCGUCCUGCUCCUCCUCACCCAGUCCGCCUACACCGGGAGCGGCGGUCGCGGCGGCGCGGGCGGCAACACUGCCACCGCUGCUGCUGCUGCUGCUGCUGCGCACCGGUCCCGCCGCACGACGCAGGCUGUCAUCCGGUACGCGCUCGCCACGACGGUGUGGUACCUGACGACGCAAUGGUUCUUCGGGCCCGCGCUGAUCGACCGCAGCUUCGUGCUGACGGGCGGCAAGUGCGAGCGGGCAAUCCCCGAGGCGGAGAACCCUUACACCACCACCGACUUCGGGACGCUGGCGACGGCCGUGGCGUGUAAGGGGGCUGGCGGGGCGUGGCGCGGCGGGCACGAUGUCAGUGGACAUGUGUUCAUGUUGGUGUUGAUGACUUCGUUGAUUGGGUUCGAGGCUUGGGGCGCCAGGCUGUCCCGCGAGGAGGCGGAUUCGAAGGAGAAGAAAGAGGGGGAGAAGACGGAUGCGCUUGAUCAGGAGGGGGAUGCUGACGAGCAGGAUGUGUUCGUAGUGUGGUCGGCCCGGUUGGCGUGGACGGUCGUGGGCCUGGGGAUGUGGAUGUUGUUGAUGACGGCGAUUUGGUUCCACACUUGGUUUGAGAAGGUAACGGGUCUUCUGAUUGCACUAGGCACUGUUUAUACGAUUUACAUUCUCCCUCGGACGAAUAUCCCGUGGAGGGAGAUUGUGGGGCUACCUGGGGUUUAGAGGGUUGGGUUUUGUGAUUUUAUGUUUGUGGCGUUGAUAGAGUGAUGGAUGUUCGAGGGAGGGGAGUUUCCUCGGGCUCUGAUAUACAUACUGUACAUGUUUGCAUUUUUUUUUGACUACUGGUUGACUGACUCUGUAGAGUACGCUUACCUCAAUGCAUCAGGCA